AUGAUGGACUGGUAUUGCAGAUACUUCAUGGAAACUGUACGAGGUGGUCCAUCUUCAGACCCGUACUAUAAUCAGUACAGUCAGGGGAAGAUCCACGUCUAGUGCCAGUGUGCAGUGCACAAGAAGUGUCACGACAAGAUCUUUGGGAAGUGUCCUGGCUCUAGCAAGGAAUCCCAGAGCACUAUUUACCUCAGGGAGAGAUUCAAGAUCGACGUGCCUCACCGUUUCAAGAUACACAACUACAUGAGCCCAACAUUCUGCGAUCACUGUGGUUCAAUGCUCUACGGCAUCUUUCGACAGGGACUCAAAUGCCAAGGAGUGUAUGCUAGUGAUGUCAUCGUCCUCCGAGCUUCAACUGGGAGCUGGGAUGUUACCCAACCUGGUCUACUCGUCUAA